GUCGAUUGUCCCGAACUCGAGCAGCCAAGAUACGUGCCCAAUAAGACAUUGCACGGACGAUAAUUACAUCCACUUUAAUGUAAUAUAAGAUCAGAGUCAUCCAAGAGCCUGCCAUCCGAAAGCUUAAUCUCUCUUUCCUGGAAAUUUAAUUAUUGACGUAAUUCAUUGAAUGAGUCAGGAAUGAAUGGAUGUGGCUAGGCUACAUCUAGGAGAUAGACGAGAGGUGUAAUGUGUCCUUUAAGCAGUGUCGCCUCAUGGCUGACAUGCGUUAUACCUCUAUGCCCCGCGAUUUAUCCAACGACUCCGUUGCUGCUCUGCGAAUCUCCGAGUGCGGGCCUUUGGAUUGUCAGGAUAAAUCAUUUAUCGGGGAUACUAGUUCUCCUAGUGGUCCUCUCUUACCUUGUGACGAGGACCAAAGAGACAAAGUACACAAGGAUCGUAAGGAGCAUCGAGAAAAGCCCAAGCCGUACAGAAAGUAUUCAGAGCUGACUCCACCUACAGUACAAAGUUGCUACGAUAAUUAUGGAAGUUCAGUGGCAUGUAAAUCUAAUUCUCUACCUGGACGGUGCAACAGCAACUCACCUGUGGCCAACGUUACAGUUGCGACGAAUGUACAACCGGAGGAUUUGGCUACUCAGCUGACGCUUUUAGACUUGAGUGCGUUCAGAUCGAUUCGACCAGAAGAGUUGUCGAGUUGCUCAUGGAACAAGAAGAACAAACUAAUCGUAGCACCGAAUGUAGUUGGCUUCACCCGAAGAUUCAAUCAUGUCAGUUUUUGGACUGUCCAAGAGAUUUUGAACGCACCCACGCCUAAGCAACGUUCUGAAAUUUUAGUACAUUUUAUACGUGUUGCUAAAAAGUUGUACGACCUAAACAACCUUCAUUCUCUAUUCGCUGUCAUCUCCGGAUUGCAAAGUGCUUCCAUAUACAGAUUAAGUAAAACUUGGGCCUGCCUAUCAAAAAGAGACAAAACGACAUUUGACAAACUGGCCGAAGUUUUCAGCGAUAAAAAUAAUUGGACGAAUCUCAGAGAGCACAUAGAUUCUCUUAAACUACCAUGCAUUCCUUACCUGGGCUUAUUCCUGACCGACCUCGUUUACAUCGAUAUGGCUCAUCCCGCAUCAAAGAAUAAUGACAAUCAUCAAAGAACACUGAAAAUGAACAACGUGCUAAGUAGAGUAGAAACAUUUCAAGCAAGUGAAUAUCCAGGCAUUGCAGUCUUGCCAGAGGUCCAGCGAUACUUGAACAGCGUUCGUUACAUUGAGGAAUUGCAGAAAUUUCUUGAAGACGAUCAUUACAAAUUGUCUAUGAAACUCGAGCCAAAUUCACCAGCGCCAUCGUCUAGCAGUAGCAAAGAAUCCGUUGGUGAUGUUGCCGCCGCUGUUGCAGCGCUUUCUUUAUCACCAGCCAGAGGAUGCGCAGGAUCCUUAAGACUACAUGCAGCUUCAGCUGCAAAUAAAUUUGUCCCUGGUCAUAGGAAGUGUAGGAGUCUUGGUACAAAAUUCCGUAGCACGAGUCUUCCACGCAACUUCCACAAACAAGGAGGACGAAUGGGGCCUAGCUUGGUAUCCGCUGGUAUUUUCGGAAAGAGUUCAGCGGUGCCAUUAGAACCAAGUCAAUUAACCGUGAGACAUCUCCUCGACGAUUCUGUACUAGAGGAGCCAAAUUUGCAUCCGCAAGUGGUAGAUUUAGAAGAAAGCUCACCGAGUUCACCGGCAGAUGCUUUGGAUGAUGACUGUAGUUUACUUUCAAGGACAAGUUCAUUGGCUUUAUCACCGCACGAGUUGAGCGGGUCCAAAGAACCUCGUUGUGGUCUGCAGGGCUCACUACGACGCAAAGUUAUUUUGCGAGAUGGUCGUAAGCCUGCUGUUACAACGUGGCAAAAAUAUUGGGUACAAGUAUGGGCAUCGUCCAUCGUCUACUUUUCGCCAAAGUGUUUCAAAGGAAGCGACAGGUCUGAUUUUAAGCGUGAACCAUACAAAAUGGUGUCGAUUUUGGGAUGGAUAGUCGAACCAUUGGAUAGUUCCUUACAUACGGAUGCAUUUAUACUAACAGACCCUAACAAAGGUAACGUCUACAAAUUCCGCGCAGGGUCAACCGAGGCGGCCGAGCAAUGGCUGAGAGAAUUACGAGCCACAGCGCGUGGCGCGACUGAUAGAAAACCAAUACCCGCCAAUCUCAUGUCGUUCGAAUGAAGUCUUUAUUUUUCUUUAGUUCAUUUACGCAAGAUGUUUUAUAUCGGUGGAAACUCAACGCCGCAGUUUUUUGAUGCUCACGAAUGACAUGAAACUUGCGGUAUUUUACUCGAUAAAUUUUCAUCCCACUAUACUUCCGACAUAACUCAUAUCGACGAUAUUGUUUAGUCACAUACACAAUACGUAUAUUUUCCGAUUUUAUAACAACAUAGAUAAAAUCUAUUAUACUACAUACAUAAUACCACUGGAUAGAAAACUUCAUUAAAAGUCGCCAAUAGCUAUUUUUGUCACAAUAUAAAGCUGUGUGCCCGUUCAGAGGGAGAGAGAGAGAGAGAGCUGGAUGGGGAAAUAAUUACCGAAUUGCAUUAUUUGCAAAUUUUUAAACGUAUCCUACGGACUAAAAACAAUUAUCAAUAUUUUACUAAUCAUUGGUUUCGUUAUUAAUAAUUUACCGUCGGUUCUACACAUACAAAUGUACGCGUAUAGGGAUGAUGAGCUGAAAGCAAUAUUGUGUACAGUGUUAUAUUCCUAAUAUUAUAAUAGAUAUUAUAGGGAAGAAUGAUACUCGUCGACAUAUCCGAUGGUACGUAUGAAGAUCUGCACGAAUCGUACAUGUUGAAAGCGUAUGUUUUGACUGUUGCUGUUAAGAUUAAAUUAAUUUUACGUGUAAAUUAGAUGUUAGUGCAGUUAGUUGCAGCUUUAGUAUAUUGCCAAGUUGUAUAGGAGAAAUUUAUUGUGUUUGUUGAUUUCACUCUGUUUUUUCUACUUUGCUUCCUGUGCAACCGUACUCUGUACACUUUGCGUUGUGAGAAAUAUAUCGUAAACGUGAUAAUCAUUUUUAAAUCCGCUGACCUGCUGCGAUAUUCUUACAUUAUAUAAAAACAAAUCGAUACACAACUAUUUUCAAAAUAAUCGUAAAAGCCCGCUAGCUGCAAACCAAGUUGCCAAAGUGUUUUAACUUUUACUAGUCCGUAAAAAUAAAAAAAAAAAUUGAAUUGCCAUUUCCGUGGAAUGCGAAACUGUUGUCCGCUUUAUUGUGGAAAUUUUUAUCGCAUAAAUGGUAACUGCACUGUAUAUUCUUCGAGCAGCUUUAUGGUUGAUAAAAUGAGAAAUUUACCUUAUCAAACGCUGAUAGCUUGACUCAUAUUUUUCACCAUAAUUAAAUUCAAGCAAUUAGUGGAGAUUUGAAUCACAUUCGUAAUACGCUAUUUCAUGUGAGAUAAAAUAUUUUAUUAACUAAAUAAAGAAUAGCUCACGCCUAUUUUCGUUUCAGUAUGAGAUUGUCGCAGUGUGACCAAUCGGCAGCUCUGGCAUUGUUUUUCAAAACGUUAGAUAAAUAAUCAUCAAUGCGUAUAUUUAACAAUCUGUAAUUUUUAUGAUAACUUUUUAAAUAUGACUCUUGAACUGCAAAAUUGUCUUUUAAGAAAAUUGAGUACAAGGUAAAAGAUACACAAUACAUUAUAAUGAACAAAAAAGAAAAAUAUAUACAUAUAUAUAUCUUCAAGCUUGAAACACUGCGACCGCAAUGUUCUAUGCGAUUGUUACAUAUACAUGCAAAUUUAGGCGUACACGUUAUAAAUGCGGUGUUACUACUCCACAGUUUCUACUUCACUAUUAAUCUAUAUUUUAUAUUGAUUUGUAUUAUACGUGUAUAUGUUAUACAAUAUAGGUAUUUUAGCAAUAAUGUACAGCCUGAUGACAAAUGUUGCAGGUGACCUUGCCCAAAAAAAAAAAAACUAACAUGACACAUAGGUUUAUCGUUUAUUGGUACUACAUAAUUAUUACUAUUAUUAUUAUUAUUAUUAUUAUUAUUAUUAUUGUUACUAUUAUUAUAUUAUGAAAAGUUUUGCGAUUUUAUUCACUUUAUCAUUGUAAGUUGCGCACCUAUUCUAUCAUGACGUGCGUAUAUUCAAUGUUGUUCCAUUUAUGUAUAUUUGUAAAUGCUUACUGUGUAAAACGGAAUAUGAGGAAGAAAAUGAAUCAAAUUGAAAAGGGAAACGAAUGGGGGGGGGGAAAUAAAACAUAUCUGUUAGCGGAUUGAAAAGUUUAAAAGUUAGAUGAGGUCGAUUAGUGUCUUGAGACUGUCUUUGAUGCAAAUCACUGUGUGUGCUACAUAUCACGUUACGUUAUCACAUAAUCCUUAACAUUUAUUGCUAUGAUUAAUUGUUUGUUGUAGUUGUUUAUAUGUAUACAUACUAUAUAUAUUAUUUUCAAUGAACAGUUCACAUGCGUACAUACGUAAAUACGAACCACGUAGUAUAUAAUUGACAUUGUUGAAGACUGAUUCAAUAAACGACUAGGAAACCGAUGGGAUAAUAUUUUAGCGCAAAUAUAGAUACAAUGUUUCCUGUAUAUCAAAAAGUAAAAGAAUUGUGAAUGGUGAAUGGUGAAGGAACUUAAAAAACAGGCAACCGUAUUGCCUUCGUUUUUUUUCCAGAUCUAUUAUCAUUUUAAUUUAUCCCGGUCGCGUAAUACGGAAAAGUAUAUAUUUAUAAAACGAGGUAUGUAUACGUAUAAAUAUAAUAUCGUUUAUUGUUCAGAUGAUUGAUUUAAUUUUCAUUAAAGGCAUUUAAUUCCAGUACAAGCGUAAACUCUAGCUCAUAAAUCAUUCUUAUACUGUGAAAUAAUUUCAUCUUAAAUUAUACAUAAUAAUAUAUUUGAUCAAUUUUACGAACUAAGUAUUGGGAUCCAACAUAUGAGAAUAUGACUUCUGAUAGCAGCACAUAUAUUGUUGUGAAAAAAUCUUAUUCAAUGAUAAAAUUAGAGAUGUUCUUUGGAUUUUCUACCUUGUAUUAACUUGAUUUGACAGAAUACGAUCAAGACAUUUGAUCAUGAAAAUAUAAUAUCGUCACCUAUUUAUUAUUGCCGUAUGUUAGUCAGGCACGCCGGCAUGUUGGAUCCCAUUAGAAGCGUCGUUUUUGCGGUGGAAUGCAUUGAUCCAACGAGAAAACGUAAUCAUAUAUAUAUAUAAUAAGUACUCUAUGUAUUAUAAGUAGUCACGGAGGUUCUAAAGAAAACUUCGUACAACGACUUCAAGGAUCAGGAUUAAUUAAUCAAAAUCAAAAUGGACAACACAACGAACCUAUGUCGUCGAGAUCGAUGCAUACCCCGUUCACCAAACACACACUACGGGACAGAAUCAAAGUACGGAUGCUCGGCUCGUCAAGAUUGAACUCCGUUUUAACCAGGUCGUACAAAUUUUCCGUGAAAUUUUGCGGCACCUCCAGAGCCUGAAAUAUGAUUGAAGGUAGAGUUGAUUAUGAAGCAGAACCUUGCACUUGCUUGCUGUGCACGAGAUGAAAAUAUUCAACUUGAUACAAAUUGUUAUUUGAAAAAAAAAAAGAACUCACUGCGGGUUGAAUAAAUAAUAAAUAAGAAAAAAAAA